ACUCAGUAAUACUAUUUGGCCGAGUACUCCAAAAAUAAAAUGAAGCUCAGCUUAAGGACAAUUUUUGAAAGUCAAAAUUGUCUGCUAAGGCGCAGAAAUCGCAUUCAGUUUCUGGCAACAUUUCUGAUCAAUAUUUUAACGUUCAUUCAUGGCCUUGGUGUGGGCUGGAUGUCGCCAGUAAUGCGCGACUUGAAAACUGAGGACUCGCCGCUCAGUUUCAGUGUGGUUGUCGAGGAGAUAUCCUGGAUUGGCUCCGUGUUGGGUAUAGGGAACGUUAUAGGUAAUAUAUUGGUCGGACUGAUGCAGAAUCGCGUAGGACGUAAGCUGGUUCUGCACUCCAUAGCCAUACCCCAUUUGUGUUUCUGGUUGCUAGCGUAUUUGGCAGAGAGUGUGGAAUAUUUGUAUGUUGGUCGUUUAUUGGCUGGCAUUGCAGGUGGUGGCGGCUAUGUGGUGCUACCUAUCUUUAUAAGCGAGAUAGCAGAUACAAACAUUCGAGGAACUUUGGGUUCCAUGGUCAUGUUGUCAGUCACUAUGGGUAUAUUGGCUGGUUAUGUCAUCUCCACAUAUGUGGCCUACCAUACGGCUCCGCUAUGCAUUAUGGUACUGCCCGUAUUAUUUUUCGUGUGCAAUUUCUUCUUUCCGGAUACGCCGCACCAUCUCAUCCGUAAGGGGAAAUCCGCUGCCGCUCUACAUUCCUUCUGUUUCUAUAAGAACCUCGAUGUGAAUGACAGUCGAGCGCUGAGCGAAUUCGACGAGCUGAAGAUGAAGCUAACGAAGGAUCGGGAGAUGGAGAGGAGAGCCUUAAGCUACAAGGACUUUAUAACCAGGCCCGCUUUCAGAGCGUACGGCACAGCAUUUGCCCUGCUGCUGGCAAAUCAAUUUAGUGGACUCUUCACAUUCACCAGCUAUAUGACCGACAUCUUUGCUGCAUCUCACACCACACUGGACGAGAAUAUGUGCACAAUUACAAUUGGCGUAGUGCAACUGAUGGGGAAUUAUACGGCCACUCUGCUUUGUGAUAAGUACGGGCGUAAAAUCCUAUUGUUCGUAUCCUGCCUUGGAUGCGCAGUAAGCUUAGUGGCCUUUGGCUGUUUCACUUACUUUGCGGACAAUCCGGAUUAUGCUGCCCAUUUGACUUCAGUCGAUUGGCUGCCAUUGUUGCUAAUGGCAUUGGACGUAUUCCUGGGUGGUAUUGGACUUGUGGGCUGCCUCUUCGUGGUUCUAGUCGAAGUCUUUCCGGCCAAAAUUCGAUCCCAAGCAUUGUCGUUUUUCGUUGUUUGUCUUAGUGUUUCGGUUUUUGUCACACUCAAGAUCUUCCCUAUUUGCAUGGAACAGUGGGGUAUAUCGGUGACAAUGUGGUCUUGCAGCGGGGUUGCCUUCUGUGGCUUUCUGUACUUUUGCUGUUUUCUAGAAGAGACCAAGGGCAAAUCACUUCUGGACUCUUAGCUAUUUAAAUAGUAUAUGCAUGUUUUACAAUUGUACUUAAUUUAGUUGCAUGAUUUAAAUCAGUUGGCAACUACUCUCAAGUAGACCUUU